UGGGCAGCAAAGGCUGUGAUGAGGUGAAUGUGGAAAGCUUCACCCCAUUUCCUCAACCAUCAUUACGAUACGAGAGCAGUCCUCGCUCGAUUAGAGGACGCAACAUUAGUUAGUUCGCUGUCUCUUCUAGCCCUGUCGACAACAGUCCAAAAUUAGCAGAACAUCAGCAGGGAUUAUUGAACAACCCCCGAUCUUGAUCCGGAGGCGCUCACAUACCUGCUUGUCACAGCCCGCCGGACAUGCUUACCUCGGUCAGCUUGACUGAGGGGUUGUCCCUUUAAUCAAACGAUCAACUAUGUACUUGCUGAAAAGGAGCCUGCUAAGUCAAGCCUCGUUCUCCUUAAAAGAUUGCUGCUGGCCAGUGCUCUGUCAGAUUUGCUUUUUUCUGGCCUGUGGACCAGUCAAAAAAGGGGAUAUCCACGCCCGCGCGAUAAGAAAUGAGGAUGCGCCCCCCAAAAGCAAUUGUCGCUUUCUAAAUUUGGCCUGGUCAAUCACGGAUCGUGAUGGCACUACCGUAAAUAAUGGGCAAACUACGGAGUAGCGGCGAAAGUACCCUGCGUCAAUCCACG